AUGCCGCAAACGCCGCCGAUGGAGCCGGUCGCGGAGCCGGUGCGCGUAUCGCGCUACACCGGCGCGAGCAGCAAUCCGAAGCACCCGUCCAAGAUGUCGGAGCCGCCGCUCAUGCCGAGCGCAGCCACGGACGAGUUUGAGGACGACGCCGCGGACGAGACGUCGGCGUCGGCCUCCCUCACGCCUCGCCCGGACACUUCGGAAGAGCUCUCACGCCCUGCACCGCCCCCCGAUCCACUGGAGCGCCUCAAGUUCGAGGAGCAGGUCGCCUCGACGCCGCUUGGGUCCAACACGUCCGACGGCCUGCUCGCGCUGCUGCGCGAUCACCCCGAGCUCGUCUCGGACGAGCUGGCAAAAGAGGCCGAAAAGAUACUCCCGAGCGAGGUCGCGCUGCCUGGGACGCAGCCGCUCAACUCGUACACCACGACGCCGCACGAGGCGAACAAUGUCACGAGCACCCUCUUUCCGGGCGAGAGCGAAACCGCGUCGCCCACCGAAGCGAUGCACGGCGGCCCGUCGUACGCGCUGCCCGAGGCGGCGCAGCCCAUGUUUCGCUCGCUGAGUGGCUCGGGCUCGUUGCAGCCGAUGCAUGUUGUCGGCUCGUCGCGCAACUCGAUCGCGACCCCGAACCUCGGCCAGACCGUCGGCAAGCCCGACAAUGGCGAGGAAGAAAAGAUUGUCGUUGCGAUGGUCGGCCUGCCUGCGCGCGGCAAGAGCUACCUAAGCAAUAAGCUGAUGCGUUUUUUGCGGUGGCGUGAGUACAAUGUCAAGGUCUUUAACGUCGGCCAGCUGCGCCGCGCCACGGCGCGCAAGCGCCAAGAGACCAGCGGCGUGAAGGAAGAGCAGACGGCCGCCUUCUUUGACUCGCACAAUACGAUUGGAAAAAAGAUGCGCGACGAGCUCGCGCACGAGUGCCUCGAACAGCUUAUUGGAUGGCUCAAGACGGGCGGCGGCGACGUCGGUAUUCACGAUGCGACCAACACGACCAAGGCACGGCGCCGCGAGAUUGCUGAUCGCGUCGCGAAAGAGCCGGGCAUGCGCCUCGUGUUUCUCGAGUCGAUCUGCACGGAUCCCAAGGUGAUUGCGGAUAACAUUGCAGUCAAGGUGUCGAGUGGUGACCCAGACUACAACCGCAUCAGCCCGGAAAAGGCCAAGGAGGACUUUUUGCGCAGGAUCAAGCACUACGAGGACGUGUACCAACCCGUGGACCAGGACGGCACCGAAAAGAUGUACACCUACUGCAAGAUUGUAGACGUCGGCCGCUCCGCGACGAUGAACCUGGUCAGCGGCUACCUCGAGUCGCAGAUCGCGUUCUAUCUCCUGAACCUACAUGUCACGCCGCGCAACAUUUUCUUCUCGCGCCACGGCGAGUCGCAGUUCAACGUCGAGGGCAAGAUCGGCGGCGACUCGGACCUGUCCGAGAACGGGUGGAAGUACGCCAAGGCGCUUCCAAAGCUUAUUCACGACAAUAUCGGCGACGCGCCUCUGACCGUGUGGCACAGCUCGCUGCGGCGUACGGGCCAGACGGCGAGCGAGCUCAACUAUCCCAAGCUCGUCUGGAACUCGCUCGACGAGCUCGAUGCGGGCGUCUGCGACGGCAUGACGUACGAAGAGAUUGAAAAGUAUUAUCCAGAGGACUACGCCAACCGCGACGAGGACAAGUUCAACUACCGCUACCGCGGUGGCGAGAGUUACCGUGACGUGCUCGUACGCUUGGAGCCCGUUAUUAUGGAGCUCGAGCGCCAGACAAACAUUCUGAUUAUCGGCCAUCAGGCUAUCAUCCGCGCACUGUACGCAUACUUCCAGGGCUACGACCAAAGCGAGCUGCCGUAUAUCAAGAUCCCGUUGCACACCGUGAUCCAGCUCGCGCCCAAGGCAUACGGAUGCGACGAAAAGCGGUACCAGCUUCCGAUCGAGGCCGUGGAUACACAUCGCGAACGGCCGCAGCACUCGUUGGCAUCGAGUGUCUCGACACUGAACCUUAACGACGAAGAGGAGGAGCGGAUGCGUGCGUCUACGAGCAAGCCACCUAGCCAGUCACGGCCCGAGCCAGAGAUCCAUAAAGUAUAG